GAAGUUUACAGUUCUCUAUAAAAAAACAGCAAUUCUUCUUUAGUUUAUGGAUUAUAAUUAUUUUAUUUGAUUCAUGUGGCUAAAGACUAAUGUCGGAUAUAUAUCUCAGCAGUUAUGAGCUUGAUAGUGAAUUGAAAGAUCAAAUAUCUACAAUAGCUUUACAUGAUGGUCAUGCUUAUUUCGGUACGAAGCAAGGAGGAAUUUUUUUUUACGAAUAUUCUGAACUGAGGAUUAAGAACCCUUGCAAGUUUCUGAAGUCUGCAGCUUUACCGUCAAAAUCACCGGUCAAGAGAAUAUUUUGUGUUCCCUUUCUUGAAGCUAUCCUUGUUCAUCAAGAUGAUCGAGCGGUUUUUUAUCAUGCUACAAACCUCGAUUUCGUUUACCCGUCCUCUUCGCUCGACCACCUGGUUGAAAUUAGUCAUGAGGGACAUUUCAUUGAGGAGAAAUCCACCUAUCUUGUUGUCACGAGCUCUCAUAUUCAACUUGUGUCAUUACAAUUAGAUGGUACAUUUUUCCUUCGCAACGAAUUGAAGUAUCCUAAUGUACAAACGGCAACGCUCCUUGGAAAGACAGUUUGCUUGGUGACGGAUCAGUCAUUUGAGCUUGUGGACAUCCUUACAGGUGAAAACAUUCCUUUGUUUCCUAUAAUAAAAAAUGAUUCUGAAAGUCACGAGCUCUCAUACAAACCGAUGAUUGUUAGUCAAAAUAACGAGUUUCUACUGAUCACAGGAAGUCCCAAAGAUGCUAUCGGACUUUUCGUGGAUAUGAAUGGCAACGUUACUAAAAGUACACUCACUUUUUCUUUCUAUCCUAAAGAUGUCGUUGCUACCUCUCAUUAUGUCUUUGCUCUAGCCCCUAAUAUGUUACAAAUUAUUGAUAUACAGACAUUACGUUUAGUGAAAAAUCUUGCUUUUGAUGGAGAAAACCAAAUUUUUUCAUUUAUCUCCCCUGCAUCAAAUACUUACUUUUGUGAUGAGAAAAUUUUGAAAAAAUUCUCCCUUAAUCAUAAAUACGAGAGUCUCUCCGAGGAAGUUCCUUCUGAAGCUACCAAGAAGUGUUGUUUAUUGAAGCCAAUUAUUCUAUUUGCAUCGAAGAAUGCAUGGGGAUUUGGUACUGAAUCAUCCUUCUUUGAAAGAUUGGAAAUGACUAUAACUUCAGGCGAAAUUGAAUCUCCACUUCGUCGGUUAAGUAAGCGUUUGAAGUAUCCUGAAAAGUAUCAUGUGGACCAUGACGCGGCCGCAUUGCAGUACAUAUAUCUGGAGCAAAUGGCAGCUCUGCAAUAUUGGAAGCAAGGACAAUAUGAAAAUUCUUUGUCUUUACUCGAAACUUCAAAAAUUGAUCCAAGAGUAAUAAUCUCUUUAUAUCCUGAUGUAUUUGAUGACCGCAUCGCCUACGUUACCUUUCAAGGUAUACAAGAGUUUCUUGUAACUUUUUCUCCAGUAGAUGAAGCGAUUGUUUCUAUGCUAUCCUUGAAUGAUUUGUUUCGAGAGACAGAUGAGUAUACUCAGAAGCAAAUGAUUGAGAUUACGAAAGAAAACGCAUACAUCAUGCUAAUGCGGUACUUGAAAAAUUAUAAGCGAAAUGUUAAUUUAUUUGAGUACUUUGUUUCUUUGAAAAGUGAUAUCGCUGUCGUUGUGGAUCAUGUAUUAUUGAAAUUAUACUUGAGCAUGGAAGACAUCGCAGAAGGAACUAAAAAUGCUGAAGAACUCAUUGAGUCUGGUUUGGCUAACCCUGAUGACAUUGAACGUUUACUUUCUGGAGAACAAGAAACUUACUUGCUGGUUAUAUUGCUGAUGAAUUUGCAUAAAGACUCUGAAACGUUAGAAUUGUGGAAAAAGUUGAUUUUAGGGGAAAUGCAAGACAAACGAUCUCGAAAUGAAAUAACAAAAUUACGAAAUUGUUUAAUGAAAGACAUCGAUCUUUCUCUUUUUUGGAAGUAUACUAAUUGGCUAUGUGCUGAAAACGCUGAUGAAGGAACCAAGCUUUUGUUAGACAAAACGCUUUCUGGUUCUGUAUCGGGAGAUGAUGUCUUAAAUAAUUUAGAUCCCGCGAAUGAUAGUGUUUUAAUUGAAUACUUAGUCAAGUCAAACACAAUAUCACAUCGAGGAUUGUUAUUGGAACUUUGCGUGAAUAAACUGCUAGAUGGCUUUGUGGAGCAUGAAGAAUUCCGGGCUCGCUUGGAAGAUCUAAUUGAAAAUUAUCGAAAACUUCCCUGUUUACCAAAGCCCAUUUUUGCACAGUAUUUGGAUACCCAGUUUGGUUAUAUGAAUGAUUGUGACAGUCGUCUCUCAUUUUAUUAUUUAUAUUCUAUCAGCUUAAUAGAAAACAUGGAUCAGGAAGCAAUAUCAAAGUUUGAAGUUGUUUUACAACAAGGUUCUUCAAAAGAACUCGGUCUAUUUCCACAACUGCAGCAUAGGUUUUUCCAUAAAAAGGGUGAUUACGAGAAGGCAUUGGCUGUUUUGAUAGAAUGCGUGUAUGAUUAUAAGGGUGCUGAGCUUUACUGUCAGCAGAUUGAAAGCGUAUACUCUAGUUGCUGGAACACUCUCUUGGAAAAAAGCAUUUCCACCGGACCUUCAUGCAUUGUCUAUGUUAAAGAUUUGUUAUACCGCAGGGCGUCAUACUAUUCACUUUCGUUUGUGAUCAGCACAAUUCCCGAUGAUUGGAACUUAAGUUGUGUUGCUAAUUAUUUAUGUGUCCUUCAAAGAAAGAAUGCACAGCGCUUACAUGAAUCACACGUAAAGACUGCUUUGGCAAAAAGUAUAUCACGAGAAGCAGAAUCUUUGUUUUUGGCAGUCAAUCGAAGAAAUGUUACAUUGAAGAAACCACCAAAUCACAGCAAUGUCUAACGAAACAUAUCAAUGUGUGCAAAGAUAAUUAGCUAAUAUAUCGAUGAUUAUGAACAGAUAAAUAAAGGUGCAAGAAUAUAUAAUUGAGUUUUACAUGGAACUUGGAACUUCUCUAAAAAAACAAUUACAAGGAAUGUAAGGAUACAUUGAGGAUAGAAAAAUGUAUACAUGUAAAAUAAUAACGCUUUUGUAACUAAAUGUCGGUGAGAGAAACACUCUCAAAGAGUAAUGUCA